AAAAGCCCGUCUGCCCCCAGCGCGAGCGCAGCCAUGUGAUAGACUCAACUCUAGUCAACUCUACACAACUCUGACUCGCUGUCUGCGUGACCGGCUCUGCUGGAAUAAUGCACAUCUAAGACUAGCUGAUGUUUUGAUUUGUCGGCCAUGUACAGCUCGUGGUGUAGCGCGCGCGUGGUGUUGCUGUGUGUUCUGUUUAAAUGCGCGUUCCCUCUGCGAGAGAGUCUCCGAGUCAGACAGGAAAGCAGAAGUGCUGGACUGAAGGAGCGUCGUCUGCCCGAGCUCAGACUCUCCACGCUGCUCUCGCAGGACGUGUGUGUCCGUGUGCGGCUCUCCGUCCAGACUCUGUUGACCAACCAGACGCUGCUGGUGGAGUCCAGAGACUCUGAAACCGGUUCCUCUGACACGCUGUUCAUGUGGAUCCACAACAACACUGUUACGUGGAACAGCAGCAGUGGAGAAGAGCCUCGCACAUCUAGAAUCCAGACGCGGGAGCUGACAUCCCAUCAGACCUUUUGGACGGUGAGGUAUGACUGUUUCCUGGCCCAGCCUGGAUCCACCGUCAGCGUGUCUGUUUACUCUCACAGUCAUCUGCUCAUCAGUGCAGAUCACGCCGUAGAGCACACAGAUCCAGUGCCCAAAGCCAGUGUCACGGUGGAUGAGCACGCUAAACUCUUCACUGUACGACUGGAAACAGACCAGAAAGUGAGGAUGAGCCUGUGCUAUAAAUUUUCACAUGCAGAAUGUGUUCAAAUAACCCAUGUACCUGAGACUGACCCCAAGCUUCAGCCGACCGUUGAUCUGAGACUGCCCCACCUGGUGCCCUGUGUCUGUGUGCAGCUGUGGUUUCUAGGCCCUGAUUCCAGAAGAAACACUCAGUGUCCAUUAAGAGAGAGAGCACUUCUGCAUGGAGGUGAUGUCUUGUCCUCGAGCUCAGUUACAGUUCGUGGCUCUGUUCUACAUUGGGAGCCUGUCUGCCCUGCUGACCAAUCAGAUCCCUCCGUCUCUCUGUGCUGGCGAAUCAGCACGCAGAGCUCUCACUGUGUCCCCGCCCCCAACACCACCCUCCACAAGACGAAACUGGAGUAUAACGUGUCUGCUGUAGACAGACACCCUCAGAUGUGUGUGAAGUUUUCUCUGAAUGGCAGUCAUCAAGUCUUCUGUCCAUUCGAGUCAGAGGGCCGCUCUGAGUGGAGCGUGAGGGUCGUCCCCGGGUCUCGGCACCUGCACCUGCUCCUGUCCUCCAGUGUCUCGGCUUGGUUUUCUGCUCAGCUGUGCUCCAGACGGGGAGAGAUGUGUUCAUCUCAAGGGAGCGUCAUCUCACAGCUGGUGCACGGGGGCGCCACUGAGGCCCAGCUGAGCCUGCCCUUCCCCGUCCUCUCAUCAGCACUGUGUGUGCAGGUGUGGUGCUCGGAUCUCCGUGAAUCAUCUGGAAGACGAAUCAUCUGUCCUGACUUCACACACAGGCGCUGGGGUCUCAUCACUGGCUCUGCUCUGACUCUUCUGGCUGUGGGGACCGUGCUGGUCUCCAUCACGUGCUACCUGCUCAAAAGAAGAACAAAAGUGUGGCGGAGACGUCCCGUGCUGCUCGUGUGCUCGUCCGAUGACGCCGCGCACAUCUCUGCCGUCUGCAGUCUAGCCUCCGUCCUGCAGGGGGAGCUCUCGAUGGACGUGCGGCUGGCGCAGUGGGCGUCCUCUCUGGCUCAGCUGGGGCCCGUGCCGUGGCUGUACGGACAGUGUCAGGCCGUGCAGAAGGCAGGAGGUCUCGUCCUGAUCGCCUGGAGCCCUGACGCCCUUCAGGCGUUUCUGAGACUGGCGAAGAGCGAUUGGGUGGCUGGAUCUCAGUUCUCUGAGACCGGGCUGUAUAGUGCUGCUGAAGAGGAAGAGCAGAAGUGCAGUGAUGGGGAAUGGAUGGAGAAGCCAGCGGAGUCGUCCUCCAUCACGGCUCCUGUGCUCAACGCCGCCCUCUGCUGUCUGUGGACGGGAUUACGCAGCGAUGGCCACGCCAGGGGGUUUGGACUGGUGUGCUUCCAGAGACUUAACAACAGCAGCACUUCCAUCCCAAAACAGCUCCGCUGUGUCCCAAAGUACUGUCUCUCGAAGGACCUGUCCUCUUUAAUUCAUGACCUGACCGACUCAUGGGAUGGAGCUGGAGAAGCCCAAGGGAGUGGGCGAUGCUGGCCCCGUCUUCUGUCCAAAGCGAUGUCGUUCUUCAUGUCACGUCAGCUCGCGCCCAGACUAGAGGCAGGGCUUCCUGGAGCGGGCUUUCCCAAGUCCUCACGGAAAUCAGUCAAAUCAAAGCGAAAGAUGUGGAGGCACAAAAAGCGCCGCAGUAAAGUGGUAUCUGCGUGUUUGUCCAGAAAGAGAAACUCUGCGCCAGAGCUUCUAGUGAAAUCCUAGCAGGACGAGACGGCUGCUCUCUUUACCUGAACUCUCACGGUCCUCUUAUUCUUACACCGAGGGACGGAGGAAGACCUUUCAGAGGUGACUCCAGCUGUACAGUCUGUCCAGCAGGGGGCAGACACAUCAAACUGUGUUCCUGUGAUCUUCCUGGUACACGUCUGGCUCUGGCUGUGACCAGAGAACCCAAGAGCCCGGUGUUCGGCUUCAUUCAGCAGCUACCGAGACCUCAGACAGUGUUCAAGUGAUUUCAAGCUGAUUAAAUCCAUCCCUGUUUGAGAUCCAGCUAUUCUAGACAAUGCUUGGAACUUCGUACUGUUUGCACAUCUUAUGUUAUCGCCUGCUUGAGGUCAAUCUCUUGCUGUAUUAAUUUACAAGACACUUUUAUCCAAAGCCACUUAAAAAUGGGGAAAUUCAGAAUGAAAUGAUCUCCCAGCAAAGCCCCAGAGCGGUUUUCAUGGCUGUGAAAAAGCACACGACCUGGAAAGUGUGGACUCGAAGGAAAGCUCCUGUAACUGUGACGUUGUGGUGCUGUUCUCAUAUGAUCCUUCUGACUGAUUAUCCAGUAAGCAUUCCCUCGAGGGAAGAACAUUGCUGCCUGAAGAUAAGAAAUUCUCCAGAAGAUAACAUCUGAAGAAGAAUUAAUGUAAACGUUGUAUUUUCAUAUUUAAUGACAUGCUUCAGUAGACUUUGUAUUUGUGUUGUACCACUGAACGUCAGCACCUUGGAACAAAUGUUAACCAGAAUCUGCAAUUCUGUGUUUGAAAUAAAUAUAUCAAACAUUCAAA